AUGAUAAAUUACAACCCUCAUCGUGACUAUUGCAUGUUAUAUAAUGAUAAAUACAAACCUUAUCGUGACUAUUGUAUAUCAUAUAAUAAUAAUAACCAACUUUAUCGUGACUAUUGUAUAUUAUAUAAUGAUGAAUUACAAACCUUAUCUUAUUAUAGUCCAUAUCGUGACUACUGUUUUUUAUAUAAUAGUUCUUAUAACCCACAUCGUGAUUAUUGUAUAUCAUAUAAUAGUUAUUAUAACCCAUAUCGUGAUUAUUGUAUAUCAUAUGGUAGUUAUUAUAACCCAUAUCGUGAUUAUUGUAUAUCAUAUGAUAGUUAUUAUAACCUAUAUCGUGAUUAUUGUAUAUCAUAUGAUAGUUAUUAUAACUCAACUCGUGACUAUUGUCUUUUAUAUAAUAGUAAUUAUAGCCCAUAUCGUGACAUUAUAUGUCAUAUAAUGAUAAAUACAAACCGAUAUCGCGACUAUUGUAAAUUAUAA